AUGGCUCGUUUGUCCAUUAUUUGUAUUGGAUUAAUUUUAUUUGUUACCGUUUGGUCAUCAUCUUUAAAUAUAGAAGGAUCAUCAAAACGUGUAUUAGUACUUCUUGAUAAUUUGGCUAUUCGAGAAACACAUUCCUUUUAUUUUAAACAAUUAAGAGACCGUGGAUUUGAUCUAACCUAUAAGUCAUCAGAUGACAGUAAUCUUCAAUUAGUUAAAUAUGGUGAAUAUAUUUAUGAUCAUAUAAUUUUAUUUGCUCCUGCUACGAAAGAAUUCGGUGGACGUUUGGAUGCUGAAAUUUUAACACAAUUUGUUGAUGCUGGUGGUAAUGUUCUUGUUGCUGGUAGUCAUAUAAUCGGUAAGAUAAUUAAUGAAAAA